AUGGGCAAAGGGAAAAUCAUGAGAAGGACACAUUCAGUCAUUUUCCCCACACCAGCAAUGGGUCAUCUCAUCCCACUCACUGAGUUCGCUACGCGACUCGUCCUCACCCACAACUUCUCAGUCACCUUCAUCAUCCCCAACUUUCGGUUUCCCAUCAAAUCCCAAGAAUCUUUCCUCGAUUCCUCCAUGCCCAAAACCAUUCAACUCUUAACUGAGUCAACUCGUCUCGUCGCCCUGGUAGUCGAUGUCGCUGGCACCGACGCAUUUGAAGUUGCUCGAGAAUUCAAUCUGCUACGGUACAUUUCCGUGCCUUUAUGUGCAAUGUCACUGUCAUUGCUUUUGCAUUUGCCCAAGUUAAACGAAGAAGCUCAAGGUUACAGUGACUAUAAAGAUAUACCCGACCCAAUCAAAAUACCCGGUUGCCUCCCGAUUCGGGGCACACAGUUAGUAGAUGUGAUGCAGAACAGAAACACUCACACUUACAAAUUGUUCAUUUACCAUACCAAAAGGUUCAAUCUGGCUGAUGGGAUUAUCGUCAAUAGUUUCCUAGAUUUGGAACCUGGAGCUUUUAAUGCUUUCGUGGACGAGGAGGAUGAUGGGUCAGGUAAAAAACCGCCCGUAUACCCGAUUGGACCCGUGUUACAAACCCGUCCGACAAGUGGAAAUGAUGAUGAUGUGGAGUGCUUGAGGUGGCUCGAUGAGCAACCACGUGGCUCAGUUUUGUUUGCGUCAUUCGGGAGCAGUGGGACCCUUUCACAGGAGCAGCUAACUGAACUAGCCUUGGGUUUGGAGACGAGUGAACAAAGGUUCAUUUGGGAUAGUGCAAGUGGCGUUCACUACAAUGCACAAAGCAUUAACAAGGAUGAUGACCCAUUUGAUUUCCUACCAAAGGGGUUCGUGGAGAGAACAACAAGCGGGGGGUUGGGUCUAUUGGUUCGGUCCUGGGCCCUACAGAUCCAAAUCCUGAGCCAUGGCUCGACUGGUGGAUUCCUGAGUCAUUGUGGUUGGAACUCAAUCUUAGAAAGCUUAGUCAAUGGAGUGCCUUUAAUUGCUUGGCCACUCUUUGGAGAGCAAGAAAUGCAUACAGAAGUGCUAACUAAACAAUUCAAAAUCGCGUUUAGACCAAAGAAGAACGAGAAUGACGACCUUGUUGGUCGUGAAAUCGCAAAACUUGUGAGGGAUCUUAUUAUAGGAGAAUGA